GAAGGCUAGUAGAUUCUCAGGCCAACAAGCUGGGUAAAGAUGAAGUCCUGAACAUGAUCAGACAUGGAGCCAGCCAUGUCUUUGCCUCCAAAGACAGUGAGAUCACAGAAGAGGAUAUCGAUGCCAUUCUUGCUAAGGGAGAGAAAAAGACAGAAGAGAUCAAAGAGAAGAUGGACAAACUGGGCGAGUCUAACCUACAGAAGCUGACGUUUGACACUGAACAGGGAUCCAUCUACCAGUUUGAGGGUGAAAACUUCCGCGAGAAGCAGAAGAUUGGCAUGAACUGGAUUGAGCCACCAAAGAGAGAGCGCAAGGCCAACUACGCUGUUGAUCAGUACUUCAGAGAGGCACUCCGUGUGAAUGAACCAAAAGCUCCCAGGGCUCCGAGACCUCCGAAGCAGCCAAACGUUCAAGAUUUCCAGUUCUUCCCACCGAGACUGUUUGAGAUCCUGGACAAGGAGAUCUACUUCUAUCGCAAGAGUAUCGGCUACCGUGUGCCCAGGAAUCCAGAGCUGGGACCUGACGCAGAGAGGAUCAGAAAGGAGGAGCAGGCCAAGAUAGACGAGUCUGACGUGUUGACAGAGGAGGAAACUGCCGAGAAGGAUGACCUGCUCAAACAGGGUUUUACUGAGUGGAACAAACGGGACUUCAACCAGUUCAUCAAGGCCAAUGAAAAAUAUGGACGUGACGACAUUGAAAAGAUCUCCAGAGAAGUGGAAGGAAAAACUCCAGAUGAGGUUAUAGACUACUCCCGGGUAUUUUGGGAACGCUGCAAUGAACUACAAGACAUUGAAAAAAUCAUGGCCCAAAUCGAGCGAGGAGAGGCAAAAAUUCAGCGGCGAAUCAGCAUUAAGCGUGCCCUGGAUGCUAAAAUGAUACGCUACAAAGCCCCGUUUCACCAGCUGCGAAUCCAGUAUGGCACAAACAAGGGCAAGAACUACACAGAGGAAGAGGACCGGUUCCUGAUCUGUAUGUUACACAAGCUUGGCUUUGACAAGGAGAAUGUAUAUGACGAGCUGAGGACCGCCAUCCGACAGGCACCCCAGUUCAGAUUUGACUGGUUCAUCAAGUCUCGAACAGCCAUGGAGCUGCAGCGGCGCUGCAACACACUGAUCACACUUAUAGAGCGAGAGAACAUGGAGCUGGAGGAGAGAGAGAAGGCUGAACGGAGACGCAAGGGCAAGUCCAGUGCACAGAAGGCUGCAAAGAGAAAGGCAGAAACUCCGACAAACAGUGCCAGUAAAGCAAAGAAGAAGAAAUGAAGAAAACACUGACGAGUGUAUCAGUUGACAGAAAGUGUACAUGAUAAUGUGUUGAAGGAUCUGUUUUAGUCCUGUGCGAUUGAAUAGAUUGAAGGCAUGGGCUGGAUUGGAACUAUUGAAGAAUAUUCAAACCUGACCUGCGGCUAUUCUAAGUUCUAUAGCAAUCACUACGGUUGAUUUCUCUAAAAAACCUACCUUGAAGGUGUUAAGUACUGUCUGGAGCAAUGAAUAUUUUUUCGGCAUUUACAACUUAUAUAUUUUAGUACAAUAAAUAUGUUUCAUUUAAUAUUUUCCUCAUUUGUGUUUGUAAGUUAGUUAGACGUAAAUUGUAUAACUAUGACCAAGCUUUCACAUUAUUUUUCAUUUCAAAUUUAUGUUGUGAUGUGUAAAUAAUAAUGUGAGUAAUAAAAUUCAACAAAACUC